AUGGACACCUCUUGCCCCGUGCGCACAUUUCAAUUGAGACUUAUCGAAAAGAUGACUUCUGACGAGUGGGAAUGCCCCGAGAUCGCCAGAUUGCAGGCCAUUUGCACUCCGAAGAUCACGCCGGAAAAUGAGCAAUUCGUGCGCACCUACCACCCAGGCUUGCGCUGUCAUGACUAUGUCUUCGUAUCUCAUCCACAAUAUGGGCCUGAAGUAUGGCUGGUGUAUGACCGUAUCGACUACAUCACGGUAGCCGGACGACCAUGUCACACUUUCCCCAAGGAUAGUGGAAAUCUUUGCCCGGAAGGCUCAGUCCAGUCAAGGCCAGCGUUGAGUGACAAUCGUCUUUUUCACAACUAUCAUAUCAACCCACGAAAGAUCCUUUCGCCGGAGCAACUCGACUGUCUUCGAGACCUGUUUCCCACCGCCAUCGGAGCGCAGGUUCUCGUGAGCGGGUUUCUUGUCGUCUUGAUGAAGUCGCAAUCUGAUAUUCGCGCGGCAUACCACCAGGGAUCGGUCAGUGAGGUUGCUGGUCUGGCAGUUACUUUCAAUGAUUUCAGUCUCCAGCCCAAGAGCAGAACAUGGAUCUCAGGCGUCGAACUUCGCGGGGGCUCUAGGCCACUGAAUGGUCAAGGUUGUCUGGGAUUGAGACUCCAACUGGUGGAUGGGGAAUCCGCAGUCACGACAAUUACGCAUGGCUUUAUGGCUGAUUUGCCUCCGGCUAAGCCCGAUCGAAUUGAAACACCUGAGCUUGAGGAUUUGGGAGAGCUUUCCCGUCAGAAUGCGCCCAUUGACAAGGAGAUUUGGCUGAAAGAGGAAGAAAAACGCGUUGGAACAAUUUCCUUGACAUUUGAUAACCCAAGUCGAGUCUAUCCAUUUCCCACUGGUUACAUGCAUGAUCUCAGCUUAAUAACAGGCAAGAGUCUUCCUUCGCUUCUGCCUCCUCCUGGCCAUGCACUUGUCUCGGACUGGGCAUCUUACUCUGAGGCCCUCUCCGGUGAAGCUGUCCAUACCGUUCGGAUGGCUACCUGGACCGGCCAAGCGGUCAACCCCCAAGGGAGCAUUAUCGAAGAUUCCGUUCUUGAUUCAUCAGUGAUUGGAGUCCAGUACCUCUGGGAUCGGUCAACUCACUCACAGAAAGCGUCAUUGCUUUGGAUCACCAAUCCUUUGAUUGCCCGUUUGGGUGAAUGGUGCGGAUCGGUGCUUUGCCUGGGCACUCGGCACGAUAUGUUGAGCAAGGCGAUCGUGUUCCAAAAUUAUCAAAUACAAUAUGCUCCGAAUACCGAUCUUCCAGUCGAGAAUCUUUACAGACCGGUCAUUGGCGGAGGCUUCCUGCUCCCUGACUAUAUCCGGGCUGCAAAAAUUGUGGCGGGCAAGCAGGCGAUCGAAGAUGAUGACCUUCGACAGCGCAGCAUGCGUGAAAGACUGGCUCGGGCCUUGGGUAUUGGCAGGAAGUGA